UUGGCCAGUUGUGACGGUGUUCGACAUUUCAGUGCCAGUUACAAAAGCGACGUGCAUGUGUUUGCGUCGAAGGCUCCACACUUGAAAUGGACCCUCGUGUUACGUUUCCUCACCUUGGUUGCCUUGUCACCUUCCUUUCCAUCCACCACAUUUCUACCAAAAAAAAAAAUAUUCUCAAACUUUAAAACUUUCCACGUUGUUUUGUCUUUUGAUCGGCACCCGUUUGGAUUGUUUUGUUUAGUCUCGUUUUUUCCUCUCUCCCUCCACUGAGAGCACUGGUGUCUGUGGUGUCGUGUACGUUUUACGUGUUCGUUCGAAGAAUCCAGGCAGGAGUCUUUUUUUUUUUUUUUUGUGUGUACAUAUAUUUUUUUUUUAAUGCUUUUAUUUUAAAUUUUAGUUUGAUUGUGAGAACUCAUUACCUCCUUUUUAGUAUCCCGAGCCUGCCCAGUGUUGGCUUCCAGCUACAAUUACUGAUUUGUCUUUUUAUUUGCUGUGUAAAUAGUUUGAUCUCGCUCUCUCUUGUUCCGCUGCUUAUGAAUAAUUUGUAGCAGGCUGACGUUUGGAUGGUCAUUCAUCUUGAUUGACUGGAUUGUAACUGCUGUCUCCUAUGUGUUAGAGAGAGAGAGAGAGAGAGAGAGAGAAGUAAAUGUUAUUUAAACGCAUGCUGCUGUCAGUCAAUUCAUUUCAAUGACUUUAAAGCCACACUAUGUAAAAAAAAAAAAAAAAAUACUUUGAAGGCAAAAUCACUUGGAGGACAAGGUGUGGUGUUGCCUUGGCAACCGCCCAUCACCUACUUUUUAACCAUUUAUAGUGGACCAGCCAGGAGCCCCUAGCUAAUGUUAGCACCACAAUUCAAAGUUGUGGGGAAAAAAAGCGCCCACUCAUUGUCAUGCUGGCUUAGAAAUAACUUCCGCCUGUAGGGGGCCCCCUUGUGCAAAAUUGUUGCCAUUGCUUUAAAUUCAUACCACAUUUGUUACACUGAUUUUAGUACUUUUAUACCUUACCUGGGUGCAGUACAGUCAAUACAGUGCUUCCUUUGCUAUACGAUGCUGAUUGCUUUAUGUACUAUGUAGCGUACUGGUCGCUAGGUGGCAGUCAUGACACAAAACAUUGAAAUACCUUACAUUAUCUUAACACUGCAUGUCCCAUAUGAUAGAUUGGGUGGGUUCUCCUCUGAUCCCGUGUGGAAGUGGUAAGUUGUUUUUUUUUUUUUUUAGCUUAAGUUUAGAAGAGGGCUGCAUGGCAGUUGAGUGGUUAGUGCAUGGACCUCACAGCUGGGAGACCUGGGUUCAAUCCCACCCUCAUCCAUCUCUGUGUGGAGUUUGCAUGUUCUCCCUGUGCAUGUUUUCUCUGGGGACUUCGGUUUCCAAAAACAUGCUAGGUUAAUUAGCGACUCCAAAUUGUCCAUAGGUAUGAAUGUGAGUGUGAAUGGUUGUUUGUCUAUAUGUGCCGUGUGAUUGGCUGGCGACUAGCCUCUUGUUCGAAGACCCUCCAGCACCCCCCGCAACCCUCGUGAGGAUAAGCGGUAGAAAAUGAAUGAAUGAAAGUUUAGAAGAAAAAUUAGAAAAAUUCAAGGCUAACUGGUUAGCUUGCUAAUUCGUGAGCUAGUGGCCAUCUUAAGCCCCUGCAGCACAAUUUGCAACAUAACUUAAUGAAUAGUAGGAGUGUAAAUGUGACUUUAGGGUUGUUACAGUAUGUCUACAAGGCUCUCUCAUUUCUAAAACCAAUUAAAGGCUAUAAAAUGAUGAUUGUUUUGUUCUUACAAAUUUUAAUUAGGUGAAUGUUGAUGCAAAUGAUUUUUCCCCUCUCAUUGCCCAAAAAUCAGCAUUUUUGUAAAGAUCCAGCCCUCUGCGGCCAUGGUCUGAGCCAUUUAUUGUUUUGACAUUUUACUGAUUUUUGAUUUUAACUAAUUGCAUGAACGUUUGAAUAUUACAAGGCACAAAAAAAACUACCAUAACAAUGUUAUUCUGACUUCAAACAUUUCAUUUAUAUUUAAUAGAUGGUGGUCAGUUUGACCCAUUUCUAUUUGUGUUUGAGCAUUGUGUGUAACAAGUGAAGAGUGGAGCCUAAAAACAGAAAUUAUGGCAUAAUUAAGCGGAACUGAUGCACUCUCCCAAAAAGAAGCACAAAGUAAACAAGUUGUCGUUGAAGUGAAACAUCUGCCUGCCUGCGCUUCUGCUUGAGGUGCCCUUGCCUGUGUGUGUGUGUGUGUUUGUGUAUUUUUUACACACCUCGUUAUCAGGCAUUGGCUUGCAGGCGUCUCAAAUGGGCCCAUUAGUGCAAGGGGGGGGGGCAUGUAUGAAUAUUUAGCAGCAUGUUGUUGGUAGGAGGGAUGAAUAAUUGCCUGAAACAACCAGUGGCUUCAAAAAAAAAAAAAAAAAAUGUCAAGACGGUCAUUGCCUGAUGACAUUUUACUUUAAUUUCGGCUCAGACAUUUUCUGUCUGCUUGUGAAGGAGCCCAGAGGUAACGUCGCAAGGCUUAAAUGAGUUUUUAUACAGAUUGAGGCUGUCUGUCUACAUGAUUGGCCGCACGGUGAGACGAACCCCCCCUUCAGGCCACCUUCAUUCUCUCACACUGAGAGGUGUUGAUGGCCAAAGAGGCAGUAAGCAGAUCUCAUUUUCCCCGAGGAAGGAUGAUUAAAGUUUUUUUUUUCUGUUGGGGCCCACUGAAAAUACCAACAGAUAUGAGGGUAGUUAGUCUGGGGUUCCAUAAUAAUGGGUUGUCCAAAAUCUAGCCGUGAUACUGCAAUUUAGUGUCUGUAGCUUUAAUGCAAAUGAGCUGAUUGACCACACCCCUCUCUCUCUAACCUACAAUACAAUACACUUUAACAACAUAACAGGUUCUCUAUAUAAUAAACAACGAGGACACAAACGUUAGCGAUGCUAGCAUGUGAGCUACAGUGCUAACAUUACGGUCACAUCUAGCUUAGUCGUUGAUCAAACAGUGAUCAUACCUACCUAGCCCCCCCCCCCCCCCCCCAAACUUCUUUAGCCGACUGGUGAAUAAGUAGGCAGGCUUUAGUUUAAGAUGUGUAGCGAAGCCUUUAAAACUGCUUUUUUAUAGCUGUCUUCCGGGAGGAAAUAAGUUUCGGUAGUAUUUUAAAUCCUCAAAAUACAACAAGGUACUGCAAAUAUUACGUGUUAAUGCAUGUAUAUCAAAAUUUGAAUUUUUUUUUCUUCAGUCGAAAUAGGUAUAUCCCAAUGACAGCAUUGUUAGCUAGCUGAAAUUAACUUGUUUUGUCAUGUUAUAAUGCACGGGAAAGAUAUGCGUGUUUCGCAUAAGGAUUGUGAAUGAUCGGCAAAAUUCCUCGCUUCUAUUGUGGAGUUGUAUCGUCAUAUUUGUGCAUCUUGCGAAAAAAAAAAAUAAAACCUGUAAGUUUGGUAGCAAAUGAGCUAAUACUAUUGCUAACACAAAUGUUACAUAGUUGUCCUCCAGGAGGAAAUACAUUUCGGGAGUGUUUUAAAUCACCAAAAUACGACAAAAUACUGCAAAUAUUACGUGUUAUCAUCAGUGUACGUGUUAAUGCAUGUAUAUCAAAAUGUUAAGUUUUUUUUUUCUUCAGUCGAAAUAGAUGUAUCCCAAUGACAGCAUUGUUAGCUAGCUGAAAUUAACUAGUUUUGUCAUGUUAUAAUGCAUGGAAAAGAUAUGUGUGUUUCGCAUAAGAAUUGUGAAUUAUCGACAAAAUUCCUCGCGUCUAUUGUGGAGUUGUAUCGUCAUAUUUGUGCAUCUUGCAAAAAAAUAAAUAAAACCUGAACGUCUGGUAGCGAAUGAGCUAAUACUUUUGUUUUGUUUUUUUUUACCUAUCACAAAGCUGAGAUACAGGCUGUCUAAAAUAUAGAAUAGAAUAUCAAAGUAGCCCGUCUAUUGUUUGAUUUAUCAGUAAGUGGACACCCCCGCUCUAGGGACACACAUUAGAGAGCACUAUUAAAAAAAAGUGUCCCUUUAAUGCAUUUUUGCUUGGUUUUAUUCUUCCUGUAAUCUAUUUGGUCUCGGGUCAGGCUUUGUUGUUGUCAUUGCUGCAGCCCGUCUACUCAGAAGACUCCCGGUGGACGGCGUGCCAGGCGCAUUUUAUAUUCCCGCCCACACAGUCACCCUGCGACACUGACACUGCUGCCGCCCGUCCCCCCCAAUAUAGCGAGGAAGCGCUCCCUAGAAACCCCGACAAUGUUAUCGCUAACAAAGCAAAAGUUGUUACUUUAUGCCUGCCGCAUGUCAUUUCUCCCGUCUUUUAUGCCCCGAGAUGGAGCGCUGAUGAUUUACUGCGCCUUUUUAGUGCCUAAAAAAAAUGCUAAAAAUGUAUGCAAGUGGCGUAUGUGAGCAAGGCUGUUUAUAGCAGGAUUAGUCAGAGGGAAACAGCCCACUUCCCCUCAGUGACAAACACUCCAUUAAACUGCACAGCAUGGAGGGAAGCUAGCAGUCGCUGCCUCUCCAUUCGCUUUUGGAUUGUCCUUAUGAUACAUCUUAUGCACCAGGAGGGCAUUAAAUAUUAAAUGUGAGGACACUUCCAAUCAUAUACUGUAGCAUCAAUUCACAAACAUGUCAAGUAUCAUGAUCUGGCUGCUGCAUGAGUGCUGCCGGCACUUUUGCGGGGGCUGCGGUUCUAGAUUGGACAGCAAUCAUUUUUUUUUUUGGCUUUGUUUUUAAUGAUAGAAAUGUCAAACCACUUAGUAAUGAUUGCUAACACAAAUGUUAGCAAUACUAGCAUGUGAGCUACGGUGCUAACAUUACGGUCACGUCUAGCUUACGGUCACUUCUGUAGCUGACUGGUGAAUAAGUUGGCAGGCUUUAAGAUGUGUAGCAAAGCCUUUAAAACCACUUUUACAUACACCAGGAGGACCUUAAAUAUUAAAUAUGAGGACAGUUCCAAUCAUAUACUGUAGCAUCAAUUCACAAACAUGUCAAGUAUCAUGAUCUGGGGGCUGCAUGAGUGCUGCCGGCACUUUUGCGGGGGCUGCGGUUCUAGAUUGGACAGCAAUAUCUUUUGCUUUUCUUUUUUUUUUUGCUUUGUUUUUAGUGAUAGAAAUGUCAAACCACUUAGUGAUGAUGUAUAUUAUUUUUUUAUUUUCGCAAAAUCAUAACGCAUGCAGUUGUUCUACACAAGGACUCUUGCUGCAACAUUAUUAGCAUUCCAGUCGACACCCCCUUCCUUGCUGUUCCCCGUCCCCUAGUGAGCAUCGCCGACAAUUAGUGGCCACAUUAGAUGUUAGCUAUGCUGUCGAAAACCCAACGCUAAAAUGCUAAAGCUACUUACCAUUGAGAGACGUCUUGAAGUAACCUCUUUUUGUGAGAAACUUCCGACUGUAGUCGACUUCCGGAUCGUAUUCGGCUGUAUGUUAAAAGUCGACAUUUUUAAAAGAUAAAUCAACAUUUAUUAUCAACUCCUAUAAUGUUGCGUUCACUGCUAGCACAAACAGGAAGUCCUUGUAAGCACUAGGGAGUGUGACCAAUCUGUGGGCGGGCCAUGGGUGGAAUACAUUAAAACAGACCGUUUUGGCAGGAAGCAAGAAAUCCAGCCGAAUAGGUGCAGAUUCUGGAAGAUCUAAGAAAGCUUUUUGUGCUGGUUAUUGUGUGUAGCUGCUCUAUAGGAGUCUGCAACUUUAAAAAAAGUUCAAACUAUUAUGCUUUUUCAUUUAUAUCAUAAAGCUAGGAUGAUUAAAUGUUAUUUUUCUUAAUCGUUCAGCCCGAGUUUGUAGUUUUUUUUUGCCUACUCACUUGUUGCUAGGCAGAAUAGAUAUAGCUCAAUGAAUGGUAACCGACCCGAAUGCUUAUUAAAAUACAUAUCUAGGCUCACGUUUGCGUACCCUGUUGCUUUUGCUGGACACUGCAGUAUCAUACUCCGUGAGGAGACCCCCCCCCCCCCGCCCAAUUGCCUAAAAUGUCUUUCCUGAGGCUGUCGUUUCAAGCUCCAGCGUAUAAACACAAAGAGAUGAAGCCCAAUCAUUCCACUAUGCAAUCAUCAUAAGAAAAAUAAUACAAGAAAAAUAUUCUCCUCUAGCUACUUCUUGCCCCCCCCCACUCCUAACCCCCCUUUCCCUUAUGACGGUGUCCUCAAUAUUAAUAGUUUUCACUUGCACUCCUUCCUCUUAUUUCCUUGGCUGCCACUUGUCUGGCACACCAUCAGCAUGCAAUUACCUCAUAUUGUCAAAACACUCUACGUGAGUGUGUGUGUGUGUGUGUGUGUGUGUGUGUGUGUGUUUGAUAUUUUUGGGUGACUGCCGACAGAAUUGAAAGUUGUAGAUGUUUAUUUCUUCUUUCGUCUGUCUCGCAAAUUCACGUGUACUCGCUGUCAAAGUACACGAGAUGGAGAAGGGAUGCUUUUAUUUUCCUAAUCACGUCCAAAUACUUUUGACCGCCUGCCAAUGGAGGUAAAGUCUCGGGUGUCCGCACAACCAACGAGAGACCACACACACCCACAAUGGCAAAUGGGCACAACCGGGAGAACCAAGCCACCCCACCACCCAGCCCGGCCUAGUAUGUGCCACCCCCACACCCGACCCCCGACACUGAAGGACACUCCGAACAUCUACACAAGUCCCCACUAUUUUAAAAAAAAUCCAAGACCAACAGUAUGUCCAAAUACUUAUGCCCCUGAAAUACUGUAGAUCCAUCCCACUGUGGAUGGUGUCCUGUAACCGGGAAUCAAACAAGGGCAGAGAAAAAAAGCAGCUGUGGUCACUCAGAUGCUGGCCCUCCCAUCUCCGGUUUCUGGUUUUAGCCCCACGACGCCAUUAGCAGGAAGUUUCUGGAAGCUCUGAAAUCAAGUUACGGCGUCAUCAGAGGUCCCCGAAGUGAAACCCUGCCUGGCCCCCGUGGACGCUGCAUGACAUGCGUACUCCCUCCUCGGGACUCAGUGGUCAUCAGACUGGAUGAAGACGACAGUGGAAGCUCCAAAGUCAAACAGUUUUUUUUCUAGAACACUCCUCAAACUCCCAGUUUGUUUGGAUUUUGCGAUUGGAAACGAUGAAAAAUAAGAAAUAAUCUGUUCCAGGGUCAAACCGUGGCCAUCAUAAAACCUUUAACUGGAAAUCAUAUACAUCCAAUGAAUCUAUUCCAGUCAACCCAAAAUUAUGACCACAUAGAAAACUAUUAUAGUUCUCAAAGCUGAAUAUAUUACCUAAAAUAUAAAAUAUUACCUAAAAUUAAAAUAUAAAUACAAAAAAGUUAAAUAAAAAAAGUUAUAAGUUAAAAUAAAAAAAGUUUAAAUAUCAAGACAAAAAAAGUUAAAUAAAAAAAGUAAAAAUAAGUUAAAUAAAAAAAGUUAAAAUAAGUUAAAAUAAUAAAGUUUAAAUAUCAAGACAAAAAAAGUUAAAUAAAAAAAAUUAAAAUAAAAGUUAAAAUAUCAAGACAAAAACGUUUUAAAACGUUAAAAUAUCAAGACAAAAAAGUUAAAAUAUCAAAACAAAAAAGUUAAAUAAAAAAGUUAAAAUAUCAAGACAAAAAAAGUUAAAUAAAAAAAUAAGUUAGUUAAAUAAAAAGUUAAAUUAAAAUAAGUUAAAAUAAAAAAGUAAAAAUAAACAAACAUUCCAACAAAGAUUAGACUCUCACAUUUUGUCAAGACAAAGUUUGUUUCUAUCUUUUUCUGUUUUUUAGUAAUCAGCAGUAGAACAUAGGUCAGUUUCAGGAAAAUAUCAGUUCCCGACUAAAAAAAAACAGCCUUUUGUAAAUAUGACAACAACACAAAAAAGGGUUGUUUCACAUACAUUUUUGUUAAUUUAAAAGUGUUAUACGAUCAGCUGUAUGUUCUCAUGUCCAUUUCAGACCACAUCAAACUAUGUAAUUUUUUUUUUUUUUAGUGUGCCGAAUAUGGCCUCGGGCAGUAGUUUGCCCACCACUGCAUUAGUGGAACAUAAAAAAAAAAAACGCUUUAAAUGCAUUCUCGGGAUCAUUGAAUGAGUUAAUAAUGAUUUGGCGUGCAUGAGAAAGUGGAACGGUCAAGUAUAUUGAACACCUCAGCAGAAACCAAACCGAAUGUAACAGCGGUAAGAAGAAAACUGCUGAGCCAGCAGUAGUAGCGCUGAUUGGUUCGUUGUAAAAAAAAAAAAAAAAAAACAGUACGGCGAGUAACUAACACUUGCGUUUUUUCCGAAAGAGGCGCUUCAUUGUACCUCGGAAAGACAUCCAGAUGUGUAAAAUCUCAGGAAUGCUCACGUCAACACCCGUCCCUCAAGUGCACCAGACUAGCGUGAAGCGUUAAUAUUUCAUAGCUCUCCUCCGGCACAGAGCAGACCCAUCCAUUCCCGACAUUCCCAGCAUUCUCUUUUACCCCCAUCUCUGUCUGGCAUGGUUCCACCCACCCACCCGUCCACCGGCCGGCUUUCACUUUAACCUGUCAAAUCAUCCACUUUAGGCUAAUUGCGGCGUAUCGGAGUCGGUACCCUUCUCUCAAUAAAGCCACGCUGACACGGAUGCAUUAUUCAUAACAUCCACAGAAGGUCAGCUGAACUUGCCCAGGACAGCCAAUGACUCAUAUGAUUGAGAAUCCCCUUCACAGAUAUUAUUUAUAAAACAUUCAGUGGACCACAAAUACAGAGGCCGCUUGACAUUUCAAUUAUUUGCCCCCGAUGCGAGCACAUAAGGUCGGGAAAGCCGUGGGAUGCUGAUAAAUCUUGGCUCGCUGAAGAAGAGGAACCUUCUUUUAUGAAGCCUUUCAUGACUGGCGCAGUCAUGGAGUAUUAGCUCUGACAAGCUCUUCACUUGUUUCUCUGCCUACCUACAGGAUAUUCAUUUCGUAGCAAAGACCGUUUCUCUUGCCUUGUCCUAGCUUGUUUAUUGUUUCUAUUCACCUUUCAACAGUUCCCACCGAAGGCCACAUACUGGAAAAUCAAAAGAUGUGGGGUCCGCCAUGUAGAUAUGCUAUUUUUUUAUAUUUAAAGGAGACAUAUUAUGCUUUUUUUCACUUUUCUGACCUAUAAAUGUAGUUAAAAUGUUGUAUUCCCGUGUUAAACGAUGCCAAAGUUUAAUUCUGAAAGACGUUUCUGAUAGCUCAAAACACUCAGUUUUAAAAGGCGUGGUCAAACUCUUCCUUUGUGAUGUCACAGAGGGACAGACUUCCUUAUAUGUAAACUCUCUGCCUUCCUUCAAGCUGUUUACUUGCUAGCAAUGCCUCGAAAAGGGAAAGCUACAUUUGUUUACAAUUCCUAAAGACAAAGUGGUUGGAGUAUUAGCUCUGACAAAGUAAAAGAUUCGAUUACCUUCCUGCCGAGCAUGUCAACAUUUUGAAGACAAAAGCAUGUUUCCCUUCCUUCACGGUCAAGAUUGUUUCGGUUUCACUUGUUUCUCUGCCUACCUACAGGAUAUUCAUUUCGUAGCAAAGACCGUUUCUCUUGCCUUGUCCUAGCUUGUUUUUUGUUUCUAUUCGCCUUUCAACUGUUCCCACCGAAGGCCACAUACUGGAAAAUCAAAAGAUGUGGGGUCCGCCAUAAUAUGCAGGUUUUUUUAUAUUUAAAGAAGACCUAUUAUGCUUUUUUUUCACUUUUCUGACCUAUAAAUGUAGUUAAAAUGUUGUAUUCCCGUGUUAAACGAUGCCAAAGUUUAAUUCUGAAAGACGUUUCUGAUAGCUCAAAACGCUCAGUUUUAAAAGGCGUGGUCAAACUCUUCCUUUGUGAUGUCACAGAGGGACAGACUUCCUUAUAUGUAAACUCUCUGCUUUCCUUCAAGCUGUUUACUUGCUAGCAAUGCCUCGAAAAGGGAAAGCUACAUUUGUUUACAAUUCCUAAAGACAAAGUGGUUGGAGUAUUAGCUCUGACAAAGUAAAAGAUUCGAUUACCUUCCUGGCGAGUAUGUCAACAUUUGAAGACAAAAGCAUGUUUCCCUUCCUUCACGGUCAAGGUUGUUUCGGUUUCACUUGUUUCUCUGCCUACCUACAGGAUAUUCAUUUCAUAGCAAAGACCGUUUCUCUUGACUUGUCCUAGCUUGUUUUUUGUUUCUAUUCGCUUUUCAACUGUUCCCACCGAAGGCCACACACUGGAAAAUCAAAAGAUGUGGGGUCCGCCAUGUAGAUAUGCUAUUUUUUAUAUUUAAAGGAGACCUAUUAUGCUUUUUUACCACUUUUCUGACCUAUAAAUGUAGUUAAAAUGUUGUAUUCCAGUAUUAAACGAUGCCAAAGUUUAAUUCUGAAAGACGUUUCUGAUAGCUCAAAACACUAAAAACAGUUUUAAAAGGUGUGGUCAAACUGUUCUUUUGUGAUGUCACAGAGGGACAGACUUCCUUAUAUGUAAACUCUCUGCUUUCCUUCAAGCAGUUUACUUGCUAGCAAUGCCUCGAAAAGGGAAAGCUACAUUUGUUUACAAUUCCUAAAGACAAAGUGGGUGAUUCCCGACCAGUAAAAGAAAUGCAUUUUAAUCUGUUAACGGCAUUUUACACUGUACUGUUUUGUGAACAUGAGCCAGUUUGCAGCUGGCCUAGCCCACAAACUUGAUGCUUUUCCAACGUUACUUGGCCGCGUGGAAGAGUCACAAGAGCAAGCGGUAAGUAACAGUUUAUCAGUGUCUUAUUUUUGUGUUUAUUUUGUGUAAGUCAUUGAACAAAAGCGCUUGUCUGUGUAGCAUUAUAGCAUACAGGAAACAAGGUUGCUAAUAGCCUUGUAUUAGUACUGGUAGUCCCGCAAAACACAUUAAACCUUACAGAUGCUGUAGAAAACCCAACGCUAAAAUGCUAAAGCUACUUACAAUUGAAGUAGCCUCUUUUCAUGAGAAAUUUGUCCAGUCUCUAUUUCCGGAUCGGAUUCGGGAUCGAGCACAUAUGUUUGUAUGUUAAAAGCCGACAUUUGAAGAAGAUAAAUCGCUGUUUAUUAUCAACUAAACAGCUAGCAGCACCAACCGGAAUUCUUUCUUUGCACUCAGGAGUGUGACCAACCAAAGCAGAGUGGGCGUGUCUGGAGGCGGGCCGUCACGUUCUUUCAUUCCCUUCUGAUUUCAUUUCUCCAAAGCAGCGGAAGCACGAUAAGGAGGACUUGGACCGUGUGUUUAACUCCCUGAACGCAUCGCCGUAUGUCCUGCUGGUACACUUCAAGCGCCACCAUGCUCCAAGAAAAGCCUGUCCCUCUCCCUGCCGGUCCCCCGCGAAGGACAAGCCACCCUCAAGCCUCCGCAGCACCUCUGGAGGCAACCCCGGACCCCUAUCAAGAUCAAGCACCGGGGCUACUCCGACACCGACCGGCACCACCACCGGCACAUGGAGCGCUCGGACGCCGUGGACACGAGCGACCGGCCCGGGUUGAAGAAGUCGCGGAUGUCCUGGCCGUCCUCCUUCCACGGAACCACGCACACGUCCAUCGGGAACUGUGUCGGCAAUAGACGCUUCGAUUCGGAGAAUGGCCCCUCGCCGGGCCGCAGCCCCAUGGAUUCGCAGGCGAGUCCCGGGCUGGUGCUGCACCCUUCCUUCCCCCAGAGCCAGCGCAGGGAGUCCUUCCUGUAUCGCUCCGACUCCGACUACGACACGUCCCCCAAGACCAUGUCACGUAACUCCUCCAUCAACAGUGAGGGGCAUGCUGAAGACAUGAUCGUCACCCCUUUCGCUCAGGUGUUGGCUAGCCUCCGAACUGUAAGAAGCAACUUCACCAUCCUCGCCAAUGUCACAACCCCCACUAACAAGAGGUCGCCCGUGACAAGUCAGCCCACUGUUCCCCAAGCUACCCUUUCUGAUGAGACAUACCAGCAGAUGGCUCGGGAGACUCUGGAGGAACUGGACUGGUGUCUGGACCAGCUGGAGACCAUCCAGACCCACCGCUCCGUCAGUGAGAUGGCUUCCAACAAGUUCAAGAGGAUGCUGAACAGAGAACUGUCCCAUUUGUCAGAGAUGAGUCGCUCAGGGAACCAGGUGUCAGAAUACAUCUCCACUACCUUUCUGGGUAAGACAAAACCUGCUCUGUCUGAUGGCUUUGACCCGCAGCCGACUAACGACCCAUCUACCCACCUACUGACCCUACCAGAUAAGCAGAACGAGGUGGAGAUCCCGUCCCCGACCUUGAGGGAGCGGGAGAAGCCGAUGUGUCACAUCAGCGGCGUGCGGAAGCUCACGCACAGCUCCAGCCUUUCCAACUCCACCUUGCCUCGCUUCGGCGUCAAGACCGAGCACGAGGACGCGUUAGCUAGAGAGCUGAAUGACUUGAACAAGUGGGGCCUUAAUAUAUUUCGUGUGGCAGAGUUCUCCAACAACCGUCCCCUGAGCUGCAUGAUGUUUGCCAUCUUCCAGGAGCGAGAUCUGCUGAAGACCUUUCGGAUCCCGAUGGAUACGUUCGUCACCUAUGUGAUGACUCUGGAGGACCAUUACCAUGCCAACGUGGCCUACCACAACAGCCUCCACGCUGCAGAUGUCACUCAGUCCACGCACGUACUGCUGUCCACGCCGGCUCUAGAUGCUGUGUUCACGGAUCUGGAGAUCUUGGCCGCGUUGUUUGCUGCUGCCAUUCAUGAUGUGGACCAUCCAGGAGUGUCCAACCAGUUCCUCAUAAAUACCAAUUCCGAACUCGCUCUGAUGUACAAUGACGAGUCGGUCCUGGAGAACCACCACCUAGCCGUGGGCUUCAAGCUUCUUCACGAGGAGAACUGCGACAUCUUUCAGAACCUCAGCAAGAGGCAGAGACAGAGUUUGAGGAAACUGGUCAUCGACAUGGUUCUGGCGACGGACAUGUCCAAACAUAUGAGCCUGCUAGCAGACCUCAAGACCAUGGUGGAGACCAAGAAGGUGACCAGCUCGGGGGUUCUACUGUUGGACCACUACACGGAUCGGAUACAGGUGUUGAGGAACAUGGUGCACUGCGCUGACCUGAGCAACCCUACAAAGCCUCUGGCCGUGUACCGACAGUGGACGGAGAGGAUCAUGGAGGAGUUCUUCAGGCAAGGAGACAAGGAGAGGGAGCGAGGGAUGGAGAUCAGCCCCAUGUGUGACAAGCACACCGCUUCUGUGGAGAAGAGUCAGGUGGGCUUCAUCGACUACAUCGUCCAUCCUCUGUGGGAGACUUGGGGGGACCUGGUGCAUCCCGAUGCCCAGGACAUCCUGGACACCCUUGAGGACAACAGGGACUGGUACCAGAGCACCAUCCCGCAGAGCCCGUCACCUCCUCCCGUGGGCCAGGACAAGGAGCUCAACGCCUGCACGGACAAGUUUCAGUUCGAGCUCACCCUCGACGACGGCUCCCGGGCCGAGCAGGAAGACGAGGGCGACGCCGCGGCGUGCCCCAACCACGUAGAACAGGACUGCAGCCGGGACGAGGAAGGCGGGAAGGAAGAUGACGAGGAGGACGUUCUGGAGGAGGAGGAGGAGGAGGACGAGGACAUCAUCGAGGAGGAGGAUGAGGAAGUGGCCAUGGAAGAGGAGGAGCAGGAGGAGGAGCUGAAAGUCGAGGAAUCGAAAAAGGAGAGACUUUUUGACACCAGUCCUGUAGAAGAAGAGGAGGAUUCUUCUUCGCUAGCCGAAGACACAUGAGGUCGUGCUCAUGCCAAAACCGAGAAACAAAAACAUGACAAUACUGACCUUUAAAUCUAUUUUUCAACAACAACAAGAGAAAAAAGGGAAUGAGAAGUUCAUUACACAGCAACUGUAGACGGUGUAGCACUCUGGGAUGGGAAGGCACACGCAAAUAACACACGAAUGCAGCGGCGGAAAUGCAGAUUAUGCAGAAUGCUUGCAGUACCAACCGCCACCAACGUGGGCCGCUGUUUUCCCGCAAACACACACUAUGUUUGUAUGUGACACAACUGAUCAGUAAUUUCUUUUUAUUUUUAUUUUUUUUGGAAAAAGCCAUCUCUUAAUGGAGUGUUCAGUCAGUAUUAGUAAUCCAUGUUCAGUAGAAUCUCGGCAGAAAGCGGGCGACUUUAUUUGAUUUUUUUUUUCCAUUUCUGUCGGAAAAAAAAAAAAUAAGGGAAUGUGGAUGCUUGCGACGAUGCGGGGCCUUCCACCCCGUACCCACCCCCCUUUACGAGGCUUAGCUAUAUGCUACAGCGGUGCGAGAUGGCUCUGUGCCUUUUCUGACUCACCACGCCUCCUUCGGUGGAGCUUGCGGUGAAGCAAUGCAUUGUGGGACUGGGGAGUUUUAUUAUGCGUGUGCUUUUUUUUUUACUCAUUUUUGAAGCUCUACUAGUGUGUGUAUGUGUGUGUGUGUGUGUGUGUGUGUCACCGUUUCGAGCUGUUUCUUAGUCUUCCUUAGUUGCUCUUCUGCUGAGGUGGAGACGCAGAGCAAUCGCUAGCACCGCCGCUAAUGGACACUUUUAUCGGAAUGGUCUUAUACCUUUCUUUUCUGAAGAAUAAGCCAUGCGAUGCUUGGGUGCAUUUUCUUUGCCUAUUAUUCUAAAACAGCUGAAUUAUUAUUAUUAUGUUAUCAGCCACACCCACUUGCACUGUGCGUCCUCAUGCAACGAUCACCAAAGUACACGACGAGUGCAGGGUAGCGGGGGGGGGGGGGGGAUGUCAGGAAGUUGGUCGUAGUAGAUCCUAAAGCAUUGUUAAUCUCACUGGUUUGUGUUUUGUUUUAGCAGCAAAUGCAGUGAGUGAAAGUGAAAGUAACUCUGUCGUCCUGAUAUAAAGCCAUGGUAUAAAAAAAUUAUGGUUAAAAAGGCCCCAAAAUCAGUUUUUCAUGCUCUAAACGCGCUGAUUUAAAUUCAUUUAUAUAGUAGAAACAAUUACAGGCAUAGAGUAUACAGCAGGGGUGUCCAAAGUGUGGCCCGCAGCACAGAAACAAAAUUCAACAAGAAAAGAGCAAAAAUGGGGGGAAAAAGGAGUACAAAUGUGAAAACAUUAUGAGAAAAAAGUUGCAAUCUUAAAAGUAAAAAAGUACCGUAAUUUUACAAGAAUAAAAUAGUAAAUAGAAAAUUAAUGUCAUUUUAGGAGCAUAAAUUUGUAAUGUUACAUUUUUUUAAAGUCAAAAUAUUGUGGAAAAACAACAGAUAAAGUUAAGAAAAGUUAAGAAAUUUGAAAUAUUAAAUAAAAAUUAUUAUUUUUAAUAAAUUAUUGUAUUAAAAAUAAUAAUAAAAAAAUAAAUUAAUAAUAAAUUAUUUUAAGUUGCAAUAUUGUGAAAAACAACAGAUAAAGUUGGAAUUUUUUGGAAAAUUAUGUUAAAAAAAAUGAAGACAAAAUAUCAUCGGAAAAAAGUAGGAAUGUCCGAUAAUUAUCAGUGCUGGUAAUUAUCAACCCAAUAUCAGCAUAAUAAUGUGAUAUCAGUCAACAUCUGUGUUAAAUUUUUUCCCAAUCAUGAAAAAAUAUAUUUUUAUAUUUAAAAAAUGAUGUAUACAACACAUGCGUGUUCAUUUUUUAUAGCGGUAUCAGCUGAUAUCGGUAUUGGGAAUCGAGAGUCAGUUUUCAGACGUCCACAGAAUAAAGUCAUAAUUAUGAGAAAAAUAUUGAAGGAAAAAGUUGGAGAAACAGCAGAAAUUAUAUUUAGAUAAAUUAUACAUUUUAAGAGAAAAUUUCAUAUUCAAAUGGGGUAAAAAAAACAUUUCUACAAGAAUAAACUAAAAAAUAAUGAAGAAUGAAGUUGUAAUUUUUGCAAUAUUAGGUUUGGUUAAAAGUGAUCAUAUUAAGAGAAUAUAGUCAAAAUAAUAUGGGAAUAAAGUCAUCAUGAGAAAAAAAUGUACAAGAAAAAAACAGAAAUAUUUGUGAAAAAAAUUAAAAUUAAGGUCAAAAUAUUAAAAUAAAAAAAUUUGAAAUCCAAAAGUGAAAAUCAGAAAAUUUCUUGAAAAACAGAAAAUGAAAAACAUCAAAGUUCAUUCUAAUAAUAGUUUAUUUUUUCUUCAAAUAUAUAUAACUUCUUAGCAUCAAUAUAUCAAACAGACCCUUGCAUUCUUUCAGUUUUUCAACAUGUGGACCUUGGCGGGAAAAAGUAUGGACACCCUGCUAUAUACACUAUUCUUCUUGCAGAACCGUCAGUUACCACAUUACAAACCCAUCACGUAUUGUCAACACAUCUUCCUGCUGGACAAUGUUGAGGUAACUGACUUGUGCCACAGCGCCUUCCGCUGGAUUCAUAGUAACAACUCUAUUUUUCCCACAAUUUAAAUCUACAAAUAUUAGGAGCGGCGAAUUCUGAACCAUUUUUAUUUUUGCCUUAACACAGGGGUGUCCAAAGUGCGGUUAUUUUAAUGACCCUGGACAUAUUCUCAACAAAUAAAUAAAUACUUUAUUAAUGAGGUAUUAACAGAUGCUUUGUCACCUGUAACAUAAAGCUAUGUUUUGUUCAGAUAGCAUCUUGAAUACACAAAACAUUAUUUGAUUUUCUGAAUGCAGCCCUCGGUGGACAUGGUUUGGACACCCCUGCCUUAACAGGAAGCUGCUAUGCUACUAUACGUACAUAUUAUUAUUAUUAUACAUCUGUAUUAGUAUGCAUUGCAUCGGCCUGUUUGUUCUAUACGGUACAGAAUGUGUCUUUCAAAAUGAGAUUGUUGCUAUACUGGAGUUUGAUUGAUUGACAAGGUGCCAUAAUAGAACGUCAAAUUACUACAUGCAUUGUUUAGUGUAGUUUUCACAGGGUAAAAAGUACGAGCGUGAGCCAGGUUCUGCAGGACAGCAACCGAGCUCUGGAAUAACCGCAUCAGCAUAUGCACCAUUGCCUGUUCGCGUCAAUAUUAUUAUUAUUAUUAUUAUUAUUUGUAUGUGUGUGUGCGUGUGGCUGCUUCUUGUGAUGUCAUUAAGCUAUUAAGCAGGAAAAAAAGUUACUAUUUAAUUGCCAUACAAACACAAUACUGUAGCAGUUGUUUCUUAAUUAAUAAGAAGAUUAUUCAGUGGGUUGAUUGCUGCCAUUCCUUUAAAAAAAAAAACAUUAUGAGAAAAACCACAGGAAGUGUUUUUCUUUGAACAGUUUGUGUACAGUUUAUUUUUAUAUCAUUCCGGUGGCUGGCGUAAAGGGAAAACACACACACACACACACGCAGAAAAGGAAUCACAUAAUGGAUAUACCUGUAAGCAUAAUCACUUGUGUAAAUAUUGUAAUAUUGCAUUCAUGUAAAUGAUGAUUGAGCAGUGAGUGAGCACUGCAGGCCACAGUUGUCACCUCUUUGUCAUUCUGUUGCCUGUUUUUUGUCGUUCACCUCAAAUAUACCAGCACUUUAUUUUGUCAGGCUCUGAAGCUGUAAAGUAGUGUCUUUUGUUUUUGUUUUUUUGUUGUUUUUUUUUAAGUCUGUGCUGUUGAGGCCUCAUCGCACCGUAGUCACCUAAACUUAACCAGUCUUGAUGAUAGUCCACGUGAGAUUGCUUUGACUUGUGAAGUCAAAAAAGGUGAGCAGGUAACGUCACGCCGGAUGUGACGCCUUCAUAUAUAUACAGUAUAUAUAUAUAUAUAUAUAUGAAAUGUGUCCUUAUUUGUCUCUCGCCGCCAUUUUCUAUCUAGCACUAUCACCGCCUCUUGUUUCUUAGUAAUCACUAGCCUGCCAUCAGGUUAGCUGGAUGCAGACUGACUCCCUCUAAGAGUGUUUUUUUUUUUUUUUAAGCUUUAAAGUCACCUGUGUUCACAAGUGAGACAAAUUAUUCAAAAGGGGUGGUUAAUUAAAAACAACAUGAAAUGAUUGUAAUAUUUGUAAAUGAUCCCUCUCUGUAACGUGUAAAAUGUGUCCAGGUUAUUUUUUAUUAUAUUAUUUUUAUGAAAUUUUGUUUCCUCUCGAGAGAGCCGCCGAGGUGUCAUUUUGUGAAUAAAUGCAUUUAAUAAGCAAAUAUCUAUAUAUAAAAAAUAUGAUAGUAUAUCAGUAUAUAUUUUUUUUUAUUUCACUGUUCGGUACUGUAAAGUGUGUUAGAAAUACAAUAAAGUACAAUUUUUAUAUUA